AUGAGGGCAUCUGCACUGUAUGGACAAACAUUCAAAAUAAAUCACCUUACUGGACAAAUCACUUUAAAUCAAUCCCUCGAUUAUGAAAGAUUAACAUUCUAUCAGUAUAAACUGAUUGCCAAGGAUGGUGGUAAUCCCAGUCUGACUAGUACAGCCGACCUAUUGAUCACAGUUUUGGAUGUGCCAGAUACUCCUCCAAUAUUCAUGGGAUUGCCGUACAUGGUUUCCAUACAUGAGGGCAUACCAAUGGGAUCCCUGAUCACAAAAGUUUUCGCAGUAGAUGGUGAUUUAGGAUUCCAGAGCAACAUAUCAUAUAGUCUAAAGGCAGGAGAAUGUGCCUCUUAUGUAAGGAUAAAUGCUGUGUCUGGUGGAAUAUACACAAUAAAACCAGUAGACAGAGAUUUUGGAUUAUUCAACAGGCAAAAUGGACUUUGUAGUAUAACACUGAAGGCAUCAGAGAUAACAGACAAUCCUAGCAAUGCAUCACAGACAACUGCAACCCUUGGACUAUUUGUCCAGGAUGUAAAUGAUAACUCCCCACUUUUUGAGAAAAGUGUCUACACGGGUUAUGUACCGGAGGGUUUGACUGAUAUUGACAUAAAUAUUCCAGGAGGUGUUUCACUGUCCGAUGUUGACCAGGGUAACAACAGCAUUGUGGAUUUAGAAGUCUCUGUAGACUUUGGCAAUGGUGGGAGACUGUUUUUGGUUGAUGCCUAUCCGUCCACAAUUUAUUCCAGUGGAUCAGUACAACUAAGACUCGUCAAUAAUAUUACUUUUGAUGCAUGGUUGACCAUGUUAAACAUAUCUGUGAAGGCUGUAGACAGAGGUGUACCAAGACGGUCUAGCUCUUGUCAAGUGAUGGUUCACAUCAACGAAACUAACAAAUUUUACCCACAAUUCGUUUCAAGCGCCUAUAGUUUCAUGAUUCCAGAAAACUCAAAAUAUGGAACUCUGAUAGCAAAUGUACAGGCCCAUGAUAUGGAUACUGGAAAUUAUGGAAUGGUUCAAUUCACGUUAUCAGAAACAGAUAAUUUGUUCAGCAUCAACUCUGAGACUGGAGUAAUAUCAGUGGCAUGUAACAGCAGUUGCUUGGACAGGGAAAGACAGAGAGUUUACUAUAUGUCAGUUGAAGCAAGAGAUGGUGGAGGAAAGGUGUCGUCUGCUCCUGUGAAAAUAACACUCAUGGAUGUAAACGACAACAGUCCGAUGUUUUUACAGCCAAAAUAUGAAUUUGGGAUCACAGAAAACUCUUCAUUAAUCUCAGGAAGGAAUAACUUCACUGUACAUGCAUUUGAUUACGACGAACCUGGUACAGCUAACAGUUUGAUAACGUACUCUCUUCUUCCUCGACCAGACACCCUAGACAAACAUUUCACCAUUAGCAGCACUACUGGGUCCAUCCGGGUCGUGAACCCUCUGACACGUGACCAGCUAUCCUCUAUCCCUGGUGGAAGACUAGAACUAGUUGUUACUGCGCAUGACCAUGGUUCUCCAAGUCUGACCUCAACCGUGUCUGUUACAGCUUUUUUACAGGCACAGUUUCACUCAUCUACAUCGAGUGCAUGUAAUAUUUCAAGUACAACAACAUCAGUGCAGCCCACUCAACAUUACUUGAACACUUUUUCAGGGCAAUCAUUUGUGUUGUGUGAAGGACAAACGGGUUACAUUCAAUGUGAAGUAGGGAAGCUAAUCCGAAUUCUCUCUGCCGUGUAUGGAAGACUCACAAAUGACAUUUGUCCUUCAAGUAACCUUGGUUCUCUUCAGUGUCAGUCCCACUUCUCCACAGACCGUGCUAAGUGGUCCUGUAACGGCUAUAGACGCUGUAGACUGUCAGCUAACAGCACCAUCUUCAGGGAACCAUGUGUCGGUGUCGACAAAUACUUGGAGGUUUCUUUUCAUUGUGUCGAGCAACCCGAUAUGGUUCAUAUAUUUGGGUAG